AACAGUUUUCGUCUGAUAAUUUUGUUAUGCUAUUUCGUCAGUUUGGUGUUGAUGACACGUGAGGUAGGUGGUGCAUUUUGUGGGGAGGAUUUAAUUUCGGGGCGUUCUAGAGUUCGACAGUUCGUCAAGUAAUAAUAUCUGUUUAUAAUUUUCAAUUGUUAACUUGCUGGCUAUUCUCGGCACAAGAAACAAGUUCAAAAUGCGCUCUAGUGCAUAUGUUACGCUUCUGGCCUUUGUUUUGGUGUCAUGUUCUGUUCUGUCAGUGGCUGCACUGAGCAAAAGCAAUCAUAAAUUUUUGGGACGAAUUGUGUCUCGAGCUGAAGAAACAGUGCAAAAUAUCGAGUCGCUUUUCCACAAGGAAAAACCAAAAAAUGCUACAGCUGAACCAAAACAGUGGGCAGUACUUGUUGCUGGCUCAAAUGGUUAUUACAAUUACAGGCACCAGGCAGAUGUCUGCCACGCUUAUCAAGUAUUGCGACGUCAUGGAAUUCCUGAAGAAAACAUCAUUACCCUCAUGUAUGAUGAUAUUGCCAACAGCACAGAAAAUCCUACUAAGGGCAUUAUUAUAAAUGCACCAAAUGGGGAAGAUGUGUACCAGGGAGUAAAAAAAGACUAUGUUGGAAAAGAUGUUACUCCAGAGACAUUCCUCAAGGUCAUCUCAGGGGAUAUCAGAGGUUUAAAGGGUGUAGGAACAGGAAGAGUACUUCAAAGUGGUCCAGCAGAUAAUAUUUUCAUAAACUUCGUGGAUCAUGGAGCACCAGGCUUACUGGCCUUCCCAAGCUCGGAGCUCCACGCUCGAACUCUGCAGGACACUUUGUUGGACAUGUAUCAAAGAAAACAGUUCGCCAAAUUGGUUUUGUACAUUGAAGCUUGUGAGUCAGGAUCCAUGUUCGAAGAUUUACUUUCAGAUAAUCUAAACAUUUUUGUCACUACCGCCGCAAAUGCGCAUGAACAUUCGUUCGCAUGUUACUUUGAUUCGGACCGGGACACCUACCUUGGCGAUGUUUAUAGCGUCAUGUGGAUGGAAGAUUCCGAAAAGGAAGAUUUAACAAAGGAGACACUAUUCCGACAGUUUUCUAUUGUUCGAAAAGAAACGAACACAUCACAUGUUCAGGAAUACGGAGACUUAACUAUAGGAAAAAUGAAAGUGGGCGAAUUCCAAGGCAAAGGCAAGGCGCCUAUGGCUUCGAAUGGCCGAAAACGUGUUUCUCCAUUGUUGGAUGCCGUUCCUAGCGGCGACGUCCCAUUAGAAAUCUUGCGUCAUAAAUUGAGAAAGAUGAACUCAAGCCCAGGAUCUGCUGAAAUCCAACGAAAAAUUCGUGGCAUUGAAAAGAAACGUCAACAUUUAAAAGAUAGUCUAAGGAAAAUAGUGUUGAAGGCCACGGAAGAUGAAGCCAAGACGGAGUUCAUUAUUACCGGUCGACUAAAGUUAACCAAUUUUUCCUGCUACGAAGAACUAGUCAACGCGUUCUCUCAGCGUUGUUUCCAUCUUUCUAAGAAUGAAUAUGCAUAUCGCCAUCUUUUUGUAUUGGUGAAUAUGUGCCAGUCGUCCAUUCCGAAAGAGGUUGUCAUCCGCGCAAUGGACGAAGUAUGCGUGCCUCACAAAUUCACAGGCAUCAUUUAAAUAGCAUUAUAAGUUUCAAACAAGUACUAUACUCUAACCCCGCUUUAUUCUUUUCGCUUCUCCUUCUAUCCCACUACAAAGUGCAAAAUUUAAAAUUUAUAUUCUUGAUUUCCUCUACAUUCCAAAUUGAUACUCUUAAAAUUUAAUUGUUGCACAAAACAAUUUUCAUUUCAAAUUUGAUGUUGUAGCAUUUGCAUUAAAUUUUUUAAGCGAUAAUAAAUAAGUAGCAUAUA